UUAAUUAAACUAAUUUAAUUGGUAAUUGCACAUCGUAAAGACCACCACCACCAUUGUCUUGGCCACUAAGCUCAAGACAUCGGUCGUCGUCACAACAGCUUCGUCUCUGUUUCUUCCUUCUCAUCAGGUCAGCCUGUCAGGGGCGUACCUGCGCUGAUCCAUCGGAGAAGAAGACGAUCGAUCGACGACAGCUGUGAUCGAUGGCGCAGCCACCGGAGAGAGCUGCUGCCGGCGCCGGGGCGCUCAUCUACGCCAUGGUGGCGCGGGGCACGGUGGCGGUGGCGGAGCACACGUCCUACACGGGCAACUUCCGGGACAUCGCCGCGCAGUGCUUGCUCAAGCUGCCGGCGGGGAACAACCGAUUCACCUACACCUGCGACGGCCACACCUUCAACUUCCUCGUCAGCGACGGAUACGCAUUUUGCGUUGUUGCAACCGAGUCAGCCGGGCGGCAGAUUCCUAUGGCCUUCCUGGAGAUGAUCAAGGAGGACUUCAACAAGAGAUAUGCAGGGGGCAAAGCAGCAACAGCUACAGCCAACAGUCUCACCCGAGAUUUCGGGCCAAGGCUUAGAGACCAGAUGCAGUACUGUACGGAUCACCCAGAGGAGGUGAGUAAGCUGUCCAAAGUGAAGGCUCAGAUGGAUCAAGUGAAAAGCAUCAUGAUGGAAAAUAUUGACAAGGUCAUUGAUCGCGGACAACAGGUCGAUGAGCUUGUCACAAGGACAGAGCAGCUCCACGAUGGGGCUGCUGAUUUCAGGCGGGGUGGCGAGCGGUUGCGGCGCAAGAUGUGGUAUCAGAACAUGAAGAUGAAGCUCAUCGUCCUUGGCAUCAUCGUCGCGUUGAUCGUCAUCAUAAUCCUCUCAAUUUGCCAUGGCGGAUGCGGCAAGUGAUUUAGGUGGUGGCUCUGGUCUUUUGCUCGCUGUCGAUCCAUUCGAUUGGUUCACAUAUCUCCAGCCUCUCUGUUUUUUUAGUUUUAUUAGUUGGUAUAAGUUUUUUUUUUGACUGAACGGUCCAAGUUUUUUUUAUAAUUAUUAUUUUGGAGUUGGGUGGUCGUUGACUCGUUGUACUAUUGUGUUAACCACGUUAGUUAUACAUACCACAGUGGCACAGUUGACAGUUGAAGAAGCAAGUUAUUAGAGAUUA